ACCAAUCGCGUUUCUCUUCCCAUUCGUUUUUGAUCUGCUCAUGUCGCAUUGUACUUGAGCAGCAACACCGAAUGUCAACUGAUAGGAAUUAGGAUUUUAUACCGAGAAUUCUGGAUAAAUUAAUAAGAAAGUCCAUCUUUUUCUCGGCCAAACCUGAAAGGCUCGUGCACAAUGGACAGUUUAUUCUUCACGUCUCUGCAAGAUGACCAUCUGUCAUUGCAGCAAAUGAUGGAUGAUGAUUUAAAGAGAGAUAUGGACAUAGAUGACUGCAUAAAUUUUGACAUGACGCUGCCACUGGAUGAUUCACUUGAUUGUAAGUUGGGGUGUCUGGAUGAUACCUCCACAGUCGCCAACCUAAUCAACCGAGAUAAUGAUUUCAACUAUGAUAUGUGGAUCAACUCUGAGGGUGCUAGCAAUUCCCAGUUCCCACCUGUGACUGACAAUGAGGCCGCGAUUCGGAUGGUGAAUCCACACACCAUCAGCUCCAUGUCACCCUCAAACAUUGUGCCCAAAGUUGAACCCAUCGAGGAUGUUUUAAACUCUGAGCCGAUUGUGUUGAAAACUGAGUCAGAGAUGGAUACGUCACCUCCUCAGCAAAUUACUUUCAGCACAACCACAAAACAGUUGCCAGCGAGAGCUAACAUCCCAUCAAAGGGCAUUAGCCUUGUGUGCAGCAACACAAAUACUCCAUUCACCUUUGUGAAGACUAACACAUUCAAUACCAUAACUAGCGAGGGACUGGCUGCUAUAAGAUGCCCUCCAAGGCCCAACAAGUCCAUGCAACCAAACCCUGAGGAGAAAAUCUACCCCAAGCCAGCUUAUUCCUACUCAUGCCUCAUUGCACUAGCGCUCAAAAAUUCAGCCAAUGGAAGUUUGCCGGUCUCUGAAAUAUACAAUUUCAUGUGUGAACAUUUCCCCUACUUCAAAACUGCUCCUAACGGCUGGAAAAACUCUGUACGCCACAAUCUGAGUCUGAACAAGUGUUUUGAAAAGAUUGAGAAGCCGUCUGGAAACGGCAGCCAAAGAAAAGGGUGUUUGUGGGCCAUGAAUCCAUCCAAGAUGUCCAAAAUGGACGAGGAAGUGCAGAAGUGGUCUAGAAAAGACCCUCAAGCCAUCAGAAGAGCCAUGGUCAUCCCUGAAAAUCUUGAGCAGCUAGAACGUGGGGAGAUGAAGCGAGAUAUUCCUAGCGGUGAUGACACAGAGGAGGAUGAUGAUGAGGAAUCGCCCAGAUCUGUCUCGGCUUUACACGAGCAACCUUUCACCCCUCCAGCAGUUGAAGAUGGGGAUGAAAUUGACCCCCUCGAUACUAGCAUGAAGCAUGAGAAUGACUUUGUGGACAUCAGCUAUCUAGAUGACUUAGAUGACAACGACAUCCCUGAAUUUGACUUGGAUGUGAAUGAAGGUUUAUACAAAGAGAUGGAGGAGGAAGAGAAACAUUCUGCUGCGAUCACCGAGACUUCUUUCGUCCCUAAUCAAACAGCACUGACGGCAACCAAAAUCCAGGGAAAUUACAUUUAUAAAGCAACCCAAAUAAGCAGGCCAAUCGCCACUGCUCCGAUUAGUAGUUACGUGUGCAAACCAAACGCCAACGGCACAGCUGUUCGCAUUAGGAAAGUGCAACCAGCCAUCCUGCUCUCGAGCGUGAAACGCCAUUAGCCUUCCUAAUAAGCAAACAUGGUUGUCUACAUUUAGGUAUAAUGGACGUCACAUUGCUCCACUUUUGUAUAAAUCUACUAUUGUAUUUUUACAAUAGAUUUUAAUUGUACCUAAAGCAAAACACUUUAUUUAUUUUUUUUUAACAAAUUGUACUGCGAAUAGCCUUGCUAGGCUAAGUGGAUAUUUGAUAAGUGCGGAAUUAAUCUUGUUUAAUUGGCUUUGCAAGCAAGAAAUGUUGUGACAGAUGGAUUAUAUGAAGCAAAUGGGGUGCCUUUCAAACACGCACUUAGCCUGGCCGCAGCUCGCAGAAAGUUCGCUAUUGUUCACAAUGAGUUAUUGUGAUUAGAGUUAGAAAAUUAAUAUGAAAAGAUAUGUGGUUGUUUUUAUAGACAUUUUAUCACUUUCAUUUUUGGAUUCGUUAGGAUUUCAGUACAAAUGAAGUCAGGGCAUGAUAUGCUAACACCACCGCAUUGAUGUAAAUAAUUUCUGAACUAUGAACUACUAUUGUUGGUUGCUUUUUGGUGGAAUGGUUGUUGUGCAGUUAUGAUGGGCAUAUCUUGACUUCUGAAUACUGCCCGAUUGGCAACAGAUGUGGCAGUAGCUAGUCGUGAUCAUUUCUCAAUAUUUAAUCGUUCAACUCAGUCAUGCUGUCAUGAGGGAUUCAACUUUGAAGGGCCCGCUUGGAUUUUCUUAUAAGGCUGCUAAAAUGCACAAUUAUUUUUUCGAAUUGGCAAACCCACAGAUUUGCAGACGGAAAAGGCUUUGAGGAAUGCGCUGAGACUGGAUUUUUAUAUGACGUUGAUUCUACCCCUUGCAAGUCCAAGCCCUCUUCCAUGCAUUUAUUUGAUACUUACUCACAAUGUACAUUGAGUCUCCCUUUUUAUUAUGUCUGGUAGCAAUAAUCCAUAUAAAUUGAACCUUGAAGCAGUCACGUUUGUUGCAGUUGUCAUGAUGGUAUGCGCAACAAAGUGCUUGCUAAAUAUUUUGUAGAUUGUGCUCUUGUGUAAAUAUCAUGCGAGACACUAAAGUAGUUCUAAGAAUAAUUUUAGAUACUCAGUCGUUUACAGAGGACGUCCUUAAUUAACCAAUUCGUUCUUUCGUUCAUGAGAAUUUGCAGGAGUAAUGAGCAAACUGUGCAAUUCUUUGUUGACCAGGGUUAUAUCUUCAUAAAUUGUGUAAAAAUUCUUUAUACCCGUCAUAAAUUGUGUAAAAAUUCUUUAUACCCGUGUAGAGUUUCGUUUUUGUGACUAUUAACGUUGCAAAAUAAAGACUCAUUGGGAGCAACCUUAUUGAAUUUAAUAUUAGUUCCACGCGCUUUUGUAAAAAAUCAUAGAAUAGUAUUAGAAACUGUAAAUUUCUAAAUAAAUAUUUUUAAAAUGUCAAAAA